GGCUGCCGGGAAGGGUCCAUAGAAGCCCGGCGGGUUCGCCGCGCGCCUUGUGGUUCGCGGUUGCUGGGGUCUACACUGGGGGCCGCUGAAGCCCGAGCCGGGAAAGCGACCCUGCUUGGCGGCAGGACUUGGCCUGCCCGCCUCUGCCUCUGGUUGUCGGGCAGCGUGAUCCUCUCCUCCGUGGGAAGCCAGGCCCGGGCGGGCGGAGAGGAGGAAUGGCAGCCCCGUCCAUGAAGGAAAGGCAGGCUUGCUGGGGAGCCCGCGACGCCUACUGGAAGUGCUUGGAUGAGCAUACGGAGGAUGCCUCUCAGUGCCAGAAGCUCAGGAGCUCCUUUGAGUCCAGUUGUCCCCAACAGUGGAUUAAAUAUUUUGAUAAAAGGAGAGAUUACUUAAAAUUCAAGGAAAAGUUUGAAGCAGGACAAUUCCAGCCUUCACAAUCAGCGACAAACUCCUAGGCUGUUUCUGAACUGCUCAAAAGGGUUGAAGCCAUUUUCCAGACAUCCACAGAUGCUCUCUUGACUAUGGGACAACAGUACUUUGUAUGAUGGCAAACACCAUAUGUUCCCUGUAUAUAACAAUAACUAAAAUCAUCAAGUACCAGAAGAUCCCAGCACUCAAACUGAAGAACUGAAAUAAAAUGGCACAAAGUAUGCUUUGUUUUAACUUAAGAAGAAAUACAUAUUUUAAGGAAAAAAAUCAGUCUUAUAAAAACACAUGAACUUUUUAUUUUGGUGAUAUUAGAGGGUGAGCAGUAGGCAGACAUUUCUAACAGGGAUAGACAGAGGCUGUAUUCCUGGGAACUAGCACUGUAAUACAGGAAUUACCAACUGAGUUGCUAGGAAGAGGCUGAGCUUAAAAAUUGGGAGUAUUGGUAAAAUAAUAAAAGCUAUUAAUAAAAAUACUGCAUCUAAUAUUGUUAAUGAUGAGCAGUGAGUAUCUAGUAGUAGUUUAAUGGGAAAAAAAGCCUUUAGAAAUAAAGUGGUAGUGACUGUAGUUGAUGGGAUUGCCUGUAGAAAAUGCCAAUGAACAGAAAAGCUCCUGCAAAUAAUGCUGUAAGGAGGUCAUAGGAAACAGGCCAGCAUACACAGUGAAAACCACAUUCCUGUAUACCAGUCAACAAAGGGGUGUGAAGCCUAAAAAUAUUGCUUACAGUAGCACUCCCCUACCCCUCCAAUCAGUAUAUGCAUGCUAUAUGCUAAGAACAAGGACACUCAAAAUAGAAGACUAAAUGG